CCAGGGUAAAGGAAAUUGCUGCGAACACGCGGUUUUCCUCCCACUCGCGCGCGCGCUCGUCCCGACAGCUCACCGACAUGCUGACGAUCACGCUGAAAACCCUCCAGCAGCAGACGUUCAAGAUCGAAGUGGAUCCGGAAUUGACGGUAAAGUCGCUGAAAGAGAAGAUAGAAGAGGAAAAGGGCAAGGAUGUCUUUCCAGUUGCGGGGCAAAAACUCAUCUACGCAGGCAAAAUCUUGAACGAUGACACCCCUCUCAGAGACUACAAAAUCGAUGAGAAAAACUUUGUGGUCGUCAUGGUGACGAAGCCUAAACCAGCCCCGGCUUCACAAGGUGCCCCUCAGCCGACCCCUCAACAAGCCCAAGUUCCCGCUUCAGUCCCGGCGUCGACCAUGCCUUCCGCCCCGACGCAAAUACCCUCCACACCCACGCAUGCAGUGCCUGUUCCCACACCUGCCCUCGCCUCUGACCCCACCCAGUCAGCACCCACGUCCGAGGCUCCGACGUCUGCUCCAGAAAGUGUCCCGGCGGUUUCUCUUAAGGGGAGUGCAACUCCAGACACAAGCACAGUCCCGGACUCGGCCCCUGGCACGGUCCCGGCCCCGGUCUCUGCCCCAGGUCCACCUUCGGUCCCCGAAAGCACUGAAGACAAAAGCCCCAGCACAGAUGUGAACCCAGCUCACGCAUCUGCCCAUGCAGAGUGCCCGGCGCCCGCCGCCCCACCGGAAGAGAAACCACGGGAAGAGGAACCCGACCAGCCGUCUGCCAUUCCGCCACUCCACCCAUCUGCUUCCAGCCUUGUGGAUGAAUUGGGUCUCCUUGAAGAAGCGGCUUCCAUACUUGUGACCGGGCAGGCCUAUGAGAACCUGGUGUCAGAGAUCAUGUCUAUGGGUUAUGAGCGGGAGCAGGUGAUUGCCGCCCUGAGAGCCAGCUACAACAAUCCGGACCGAGCCGUGGAGUACCUGCUCAUGGGUAUUCCAGCAGAGCCCAGCGAUCUCCCACCUCAGCAGCCAAUCAGACACAGUGCCCCAUUCAACCCCCCCGCCUCCACUACAGAGAGAACCCAUCAACCCCCACCAGCCUCCAACACAGGGGCAGCACCUGCCAGCCAGCCUGCCAGCCAGCCUGCUAGCCAGCCUCCUUCCUCUGGUGGUGGUGGUGGUGGUGGUGGUGGUGGUGGUGGCGGCGGCGGCGCCACAGGGAACCCUUUGGAGUUCCUUAGAAAUCAGCCUCAGUUCCAGCAGAUGAGACAGAUCAUCCAGCAAAACCCUGCUCUCCUACCAGCCCUGCUGCAGCAGCUGGGCCGAGAUAACCCACAACUACUGCAGCAAAUCACACAGCACCAGGAGCGCUUUGUUCAGAUGCUGAACGAGCCCCGUGGUGGGGAAACGGGAGGAGAAGGAGCGGAGGCUCAGGGGUCACCUCCCACCAACUACAUCCAGGUCACCCCGCAGGAGAAGGAGGCUAUCGAGAGGUUAAAAGCACUGGGAUUCCCCGAAGGACUGGUUAUUCAGGCUUACUUUGCCUGCGAGAAGAAUGAAAACCUCGCGGCAAACUUCCUGCUUCAGCAAACAUGGGACGACGAGUGAAUGCCUGAUAAUGUAUUGCGUCACGGAUCAAAGAGGGCUACAGAAUGUAUGUCAACACUACGCAAUGUAUUUGGUCUCACAACAAUGGGGGUUUUGGGCAAAAUGAUGAGGAUAUCGGUAAUGACGAUGGUAUGCUAUUAUGAGUUAGGCGUGCUGCUUAGUCUCCAUUCUGCUGUGAUGUCCAUCAUAAGGAGGUCACAUCUGCUGCUACACCAUUACUACUGCUGCUUGUGCCCGGUGUUCAAACGAAGAAGUGAUGCAAAAACAGUUGUUAUACCCAUUUGUUAUGCAUCGCUUUGCCUUUUUUUUUUUUUUGCCUCCCCCCCUCACCAUUUCAAAGAAGAUUCUGACCCCUGGGUCUAAUGCCAACAUUUCACAUUUUUGUCUUUACAAAUUGCAAAUCUGCACUGUGUUAAAAGAAACUGGUUUGAAAGACUUUAGAGAAAAUGGAUGUUGGUGUUAAAGAGUUGGAAAACCCUAUCUGGCAACUGUCAUCUAAAAAAGCAGAUGAAGUUAAACCCAAAAUUUUUUUUAUUUUUUUUUUUGUUUGGUUUGUUUUUCUGUAUGACAACACAGAAACAUAUUUUGUGAUGUUAUGAAGCUUAGAUUUUGAAUUUCCCUGAAAAUCUGGUGUAAGUUGUUGACUAGUUGGUUAAUGAGAGCUGCUUUGUGUUUUCAUACAGUGCAGCGGCAUUAAAGUAUGGGUCUUGUGUCGGUGGUUUCUCUGAAGUCUUUUGACCUUUUGAAAGAAAUAACGCUAAAUUCAUCAAGUCUUAGAGACGGUAUCAAACUAAAAAAGCAAACAUGCCACAUGGGCCUUCUGCUUCCAGUGGUAUUUGGACAUUUCAUUCAGCAUACAGAUUUCCCCAUAGCGUUGGUUUGAGGUUCUACAACAUACAGUCAACUUAAAAAAAACUCCCAGGGGACAGUUACCAUGGAAAAUGGAUGUGGAUUUUGAAAAGUAAAAAAAAAAAAGUGAAAUUUUAUCAUACCAUGGAUAGUUGCAUCUCACAACUGCUUAUAGAUGAGUUUAAUCUGUCCAAACAGAAUCAACCCAGCUAUGGUGAGGUCUGAAUGCUGAAAAAUGCACUGUGUAAAAUACAAUUUGGCAGGGAGUGACUUUGCAGUAUGUCGGGGAAAAUUAGAUUUCGGGACAGUGAACGGAAACACAAUAACGACCUUGCCACUAUUAAACUGAACUGGAUUUGCUAUGGUAGUGUACUAUGAAGGCGACAUGCAAGAUUAGAUGAGACUGUGCAUUUUAUGGUGUGGUGCUGGCAACAACACGGAGUUAGAAUAACCACAAGGUAUUGAAUUUCUUUUUUCUUUUUCUUUUUGUGGUUUUUUUUUGUUUACAGUUUUUCUCAGAUGAAGGGAUUUGAACUAUGAAUAAAUAAGUAUGACAGAGCAAGUUUUUUUUUUUUUUUAAGAAUUGCUUGGAUUUACAAACAGGUUUAUUUUUUUAUUAUUUCUGUAGCUAAAGUAGUCAACCUGUUGCUUUCAGUUAAUCUAAAGUUGUGUUUGUCUUUUCCCAGUCCUCUAUGCAUCUUAAUGCUGUAAGAGUAUGAGCCAUCGCUCCUCCAUGCCUUAUGGGUUGUUGAAGAGUUUUUUCAUUUUCCAGAUCGUGCAAUCGUUGACAAUGUAGUGUUUGAUCUGUUCUGAGAUAUUUUCUGUUUUAUUUGUGCAUAGAUGAGUGUCAAUGGGUUGCUGAUCAUAUUCAGUAGUUUUGAAAACAUGGAAUUAAUUAUAGUAUUUAUUUAGAAUGUGGACAUAAGGGAAUUCUAAUAAAUGCUAGAAGCCAAAACAAACAAAAAAAACACACUAUUUUUUUCCAGCAUUCAGCAUGUGCUUUGCUUUUUUCUGAAUUUUGAUUCUUUAUGUUUUACCAGUAGGUUACAGCAAAUUUUGUAUUAUACUGUACAUGGGAAAUAUGAAUUUUGCAUUUGGAGUAAGAGUUGAGGCAGCACUUCAUUUUGACAAAUGCUGUUCUUUAUCGGAGAGGGGUUGUUGGUUGCAUGAGUUUGUUUCAAAGGUUCAUUUACAGCACGGCAAUGGAACAGAGAUGAGAAAACUGCCUGUGAGGUGUUGUUUUUGAUUGUUUUGUUUUACCACUUUUGUUGGUGUGAAUUUGGAUAUAUAUAUAUAUAUAUAUAUAUAUAUAUAUAUAUAUAAAAUACAGUUGAAUAAAAAUGACUUGUAGCCUUAAAUACACCACUUGAAAUUUUGCUGAAUCGUUGCGGAAAAACUUUUGUUUCAGCAUUGUGUAAAAUAAAUUGCUUUUACAAAGCA